AUCUCGGAUAAAGGAAAGCAAACGUCUCAGAUACUUUUUUGCAAAUAAAAACAGAAUUAGAAACAAAAGGCUGACUCACCCUUCAGUCUAGUUACUUUGUAACAUUUCUUAUUUGUUCAUGCAUAAAUAAAUAUUAAUAUCGCUUCAUGAAAUGUGAAUUACUUGAUUCAAAAAAAAAAAAAAAUAUAUUUAUAUGGCUGAAGCAGAAUCUACAGAGCCUGCUACUGGUUCUGAAGAAAAUGAUGGAUCAUGUUCUGGCGACACUGAACCGAAGCCAAAAAAAGUCAAACUGAGUUUUGAUAGUGAUAACCUAGAAGAACGCCUAAAUGAAAUUUUGUGCUGCGCUGUGUGUUUGGAUUUGCCAAAAGAUGCUAUUUAUCAGUGCAGAAAUGGACAUUUAAUGUGUUCUGAAUGUUUUAAUCACUUGCUUGCUGAUGCUCAGUUAAGACUUGGAGCAGCUAUAUGCCCCAGUUGUCGAACUUUGAUUAGUCGAGAUCUUUGUGUUCGGAACCUCGUGGUUGAGAAAGCUGCUUCGGAAUUACCUGCAAGAUGUGCCAACUGCCAUGCAAAGUAUGCCCGUUGCUUGCACCAGGUUCACCAAGAACAGUUUUGUCUUGAAAGGCCAUCUGUCUGCUUAUACAACAGAAUAGGUUGUCCAUGGACAGGCCCUUAUAAAAAGAAGAUAGAACAUGAAAAGCGCUGUGCUCAACCUGAAAAACAGGGUUCUGAGAUAAAGGGUUCUAUUCCAGCUGAAUUUCUUCAAAAUAGAUCUGAAGAUUUGUAUCAGCUAUUGGAUCUCUUGACAGCAGAAAGGGUGUCAUAUAAUGAUCUGCAGCUUUUAGGACCUUACCAUACUGAUGAUUAUUAUAUCCGUUAUGAGACAUUCAGAUUUUGUACUUUUGGCUUAGAAUGGGAGGUGAGGGCCCGUGUGAAUGAGAACGAUGCAGACCCUACUCAGUCUUGUGAAAGAACAUUAAGCUAUCAACUCUUAUUAAAAGAAUCUGUGGACAGGGACAUUUUUCUGCGCUACAUGCUGGUUAAAGGACCUUUUGGAGAAAUGAAAAUCAAGCCAAAACUGGAAAAAUUUCGAUUUGGUGAUACGUCUCGUGAAUCCCACUAUGCACAACUUGCUUUGCAAGACUCAAGUGAAUGCUUUAGACUAUUAUCGGGAACUAUAAGAUUCAGGCUUAUGAUGUUCUGGGAUGAUAAGUCUUCUGAUGUGUUUGGAUAUUGAGUGCAACAUACUUGACGGAAAAUUGCAGCAUUAGUGAGAUUGGUUGAAAUUAAGAGUUGUGAAAAUUUGUGAUACAAAAUUGUCUAUGAAAGUGUUUUUCUUUUUGAAUUUAUUUAGUUAUUUUGUUAUUGAACUUAAAAUCAAUUUUUCAAAACAAAUGUUUAUAUUUUUCAAGUGUUUUUUUAACAAGUAACAAGUUAUGAAAGUUUGUGAUAUUA